CUCCACAGCUCUGCUCCUCGCCGCGGCGCGCCGCCACACGCACCAGCCCCUGCGCACUCGGAGCACCGGCGCCCGAAGCUCGGGCUCCCAGGCAGAAGGACUGCAUUUCCCAGAAGCCACCGGGAUCUCAUUCCCCCUCCAGCCCUGGGUCCUUUUCCGGUGUCCGAGCAGCUGUGGUCCCUACGUGGUGAGUAGGACCUAUCCAUAGUUAAAAAACCAGCGGAGGCAUCCACAGUUUCUGACCAGAGCCGGACGGGGAUCCUUGGAGGGGGCUCCGCGGAUCCUCCACCCCGUCCCCUCACAGCCCCUUGGGGCCUGUCGCGGAUAAAAGAGGGAAGUCAGAUGCUGAGCCUUAGAAUGGAAGAACGGAGAAGCAGAGCAAGAUGACACAGACUUGAUCUUGAGAUAUGUUGAAGCUGCAUUCGGCCCCAAGGCAGGCUUCUGGGAAGACCUGAUGAGGUCCCAGGAGUAGGAUUUCCUCCUGGAAGGUUCCUCCUUGGAAGCUUCUAAAGGUCAGCUGCAUGUUUCAUAACCACAGAAUUUCCAGAACUUUAGCCCCAAGAACCUACUGUGAAUUAGGGACCGAUUUCUCCCUGGACAUCAGUGACCCUGGCCUCCACAUACUGGGAAGGACAACACUAUUCCAGUAUCCUCUCUACUCCUCUUCUGGUUGAGAGGGUGGUCAUGGAGGAUGUUUUCUAAGUUACUGUGCUAUCCAAGAAAAUCCUGAUGUUUCAUGAUUGCCUUCUCUUUUCCCAGUGCUGCCUGUGUCUUAAAAAAAAAUAAUAAUAAUAAUGAAUACAGAGAGAAAAAAGAAUUUUUGUUACACAUCUAAAAGAUAAAGUUCAGCUCUAGCUUCUCUGCAAUUAGAUUCUCUAAUAGAGGAAACCUGAGGAAGAUCAGCAGUUUGAAAACCAUGGCACAGGUGCCAUUGACAUUCAGUGAUAUUGCCAUAGACUUCUCUCAGGAGGAGUGGGAAUGCCUAAAUUCUGAUCAGAGGGAUUUGUACAGAGAUGUGAUGUUGGAGAAUUAUACUAACUUGGUCUCACUGGACUUUGAUUUUACAACUGAGACCAACAAGUUAUCUUCAGAAAAAAGCAGUUAUCAAGUAAAUUCAUAUCAUCGGGAGACAAUGAAAAGAAAUAAAACCUUCAACCUUAUGAGGUUUACUUUGAGAAAUGACCCACAGUGCAGAAUUGAAUUUGGGAGAGAACAGGGGCCUAACAUGGAAGGUUUUAGUCAAAUGACAUUUAUAAAACAUAUAUCUCUUCCUCUACACCAGAGAAUUCACACUAAAGAGAAAUCCUAUGAAUGUAAGGAAUGUAGGAGGGACUUUAGAAAAUAUUCACACCUUACUGAACAUUUCAGAGACCAUAAUGGUGUGAGACCCUAUGAAUGUAAGGAAUGUGGAAAAGCCUUUAUAGUUCUCCAGCAUUUUGUUAGACAUAAAAAAAUUCACACUGAUUUGAAACCUUAUGAAUGUAAUGGAUGUGAGAAAGCCUUUAGGUUUUAUUCACAGCUUAUUCAACAUCAGAUCAUUCAUACUGGUGUAAAACCCUAUGAAUGUAAGCAAUGUGGGAAGUCUUUCAGACGUUAUUCUCACCUUACUGAACAUCAGAAAAUACAUAUUGGUUUGAAACCCUAUGAAUGUAAGGAAUGUGGAGAAACUUUUAGAUUGUACCGACAUAUGUGCCUACAUCAGAAAAUUCAUCAUGGUGUGAAACCCUAUAUAUGCAAGGAAUGUGGGAAGGCCUUUGGUCAUCGUUCAAGUCUUUAUCAACAUAAGAAAAUCCAUUCUGGUGAGAAACCAUAUAAAUGUAAACAAUGUGGAAAGGCCUUUGUUCGCAGCUAUCUACUUACUGAACAUCAGAGAAGUCAUACUGGUGAGAAGCCUCAUGAAUGUAAGGAGUGUGGGAAGGCCUUUAGUAGGGGCUCAAGCCUUCUUAAACAUAAGAGAAUUCAUAGCAGUGAGAAACUCUAUGACUGUAAGGACUGUGGGAAGGCCUUCUGUAGAGGCUCUCAACUUACGCAACAUCAAAGAAUUCAUACUGGUGAGAAGCCACAUGAAUGCAAAGAAUGUGGGAAGACAUUUAAGCUUCAUUCAUACCUUAUUCAACAUCAGAUCAUUCAUACUGAUUUAAAACCAUAUGAAUGUAAACAAUGUGGGAAAGCCUUCAGCCGUAUUGGAGACCUUAAAACACAUCAGUCAAUUCAUGCAGGGGAGAAACCCUUUGAAUGUAAGGAAUGUGGAAAAACCUUUAGACUUAAUUCUCAACUGAUUUAUCAUCAGACAAUUCAUACAGGUUUGAAACCUUAUAUAUGUAAGGAAUGUAAGAAGGCUUUUCGUUCUAUCUCAGGUCUUUCUCAACAUAAGAGAAUUCAUACCGGUGAAAAACCCUAUGAAUGUAAAGAAUGUGGUAAGGCCUUUAAUCGCAGCGAUCGACUUACUCAACAUCAGAGAAUUCAUACUGGUGUGAAACCACACAAAUGUAAGGAAUGUGGAAAGACCUUUACUCGUUGCUAUCAACUUACUCAACAUCAAAGAUUUCAUAGUGGUGAGAAACUCCUGAGGUAAUGAGAGUCAGAAAGCAUUUAACUUUGGCACCUUUACUGUUACCACUAUUCUACCACCUAGUGAUGUUAUGGCAAAGAUUAAAUUACUUAACAUAAAAUUUAAAUGCUUAGGGGUCAUCUGGCACAUGGUAUUUGCUUACUAAGUAUUGUGGCUUUUUAAAUGAUAAUCACUAUUAUUACUAUACAUAAAUUCAUGUGGAAGAAAAACCCUAUAAGCAUAUUUUUAAAAUGUAUCAGAGCUCAUUCAUAUUUUCUUCAGAUAAUUAAUUCUGGACAAAAAUCCCAUUUUUAUUCAAAGAUCAAGCCCCUGAGGAUGAAUAAUAAUAAGAAACCCUGUGCCUUUAGAAUAUUGAGAGUUCAUCUGUUGAAAAAUUGGAGUAGUUUGAAGAAACUUUCUUACAAUAAAUUCUGCAAUACAGAUAAUAUACAUUCCACAUGCCCUACAAUUGAAAUAAAUUAAAAACUAACAAUCUGGUAGCUCAAGACUAGGUUGAGUUUUUUGAGUGAGUUUUUGAAAGUUUUCAAAUUUACAUAAAAAGUACAACAGUGUUACAAUGAAGUUUGUUUGUCCUCCACCUAGAUUCAGUAUAUCUGGUAUUUCUCUCUCGUAAAUAUGAAUAUGUAUAUAUACAGAUGUAUGUGUAUGUAUAUAUAUAUAAUUCUUAUUAAUGUUGAAUAUAUUUUCCAUAUAUCAUUUUGCUGUAUUUUUCAGUGACUGUUUUAGAUAUCACUUCACCUCUAAAAAGUCAACAUACGACUCUUAGAAUUAAGGAUAAUCUUCUAGAUGACCAUUAAACUACAGUUACCUAAAAAAACACUAAUAACAACCCUAUAUUGUUCUAUAAUAUUCAGCCUAUUUACAAAUUUCUCGAAUUGGUUAAAGAAUAUCUUCUAAAAGUACUAGCUUUUUUAAAGUCCAAAAACCAAACUAAGCAAAUUUGUUUUACAUGACUAUGGUUUAUUGGGUCUAAUAAAAAUUGGUCAACAAUUUAUCCUCUACCUCCUUACAUUUUUUGAAGCCUCAGAAGCAACCUAUAUAAUAUUGUAAUUCCAUAUUUGUCCUGCUUUUUCUCAAGAUGGGCUUGACUUCUUCCUCUAUCCUUUGUGUCUAUUGUGAACUGAAGUUUAUGUCUAGAGGCUUGAUUUUCAGAUUAAAUAUUUUUAUGACUACUUCA